UUGACGUCACAUUGUCGCGCUACCGGUCGGGUGCGUCAGGUAUGUAGAAGCCAUUAUUCUGUGUGCAAACAAGGGGGCGCCAUCUUUGUCUGCUUUGUGUCCGAACUUCCCGUUGAGCAGUACAUCCAUUGCGAUACAUUGAGAUAGCAGAGUUCUAUCGAGAUGACUGGCAAUCAGGAGGUCAGAUGGCAAGAUUGUACUUCGCCACCCAAGGCUAUUCAUCUCUACGGAGUGGGUAGAUGAUAUGCGGCACUGCAAUUGGUGAAGAUGCAUCACUUCAUCUGGACAGUCUUGGUGCUGUCAGUUACUCUGUCCAUGAGCUCUGGAGGUAAAGUGCUGGUGUUCCUGGUAGAUGGCAGCCACUGGGUGAACAUGAAGGUCAUUGUUGAGGAGCUGAACUCCCGAGGCCACAGUGUUACUGUAGUGCGACCCUCAGACAGCUGGUACAUUAAAGAAGAGUCUUCCCAUUACAAGGCCAUCACCAUCCCCACUUCUGGAGGCUUUGAUGAGAAGUCCUUUGGCUCCCUUGUGAAGAGAGCGCUAAACAAACAGAAAGAAGGACAGAUCUUUUGGACUCGCUUUAUGAUUCAGUUGGAAGUAAAUGAGAACUUCUCACAGCUGCACCGGAAAAUGUGUGAUAUGAUGACAAUGAUGUUUCAAGACGAGGCUCUCAUGAAAUCACUCACUGAUUCCAAGUUUGAUGUUGUCCUGACUGACCCAGUCAUAGGAGGUGGAGUGUUUUUGGCUCGACGUCUUGGUCUUCCAUUGGUGUUUAAUGUGAGGUGGACACUCCAUGGAGAGGGACACUUUGCCAUCGCUCCCACCCCUCUUUCAUAUGUCCCUAUGCCAGGAGUUGAGUUGACAGACAAGAUGACUUUCUCUCAGAGACUUAAGAACAUGUUGUUAUUCACCUUUAAUUUAUAUCGAAUUGCAACAAUUGUUGCUCCUCAUAACAACGCUUUUUGCAAACGGUUCUUUGGCCCUGACGUUGACUACUUCUCCUUGUUCCAGGAUGCUGAUAUCUGGCUCAUGAGGAAUGACUUUAACUUUGAGUUCCCACGCCCAACCAUGCCCAAUGUGGUCUACAUGGGCGGGUUCCAAUGCAAGCCUUCUAGACCACUUCCUGUUGACCUGGAAGAGUUUGUCAAUAGCUCUGGGGAGCAUGGGGUCAUUAUUAUGUCCCUGGGUACUCUUUUAGCUGAGCUCCCCAGUGAUAUUGCGGAGGAGAUUGCGGCAGCUUUUGCUCAGCUUCCCCAAAAGGUCAUCUGGAGAUAUAAAGGGGUCAAGCCCUCGACUCUUGGCAACAACACCUUACUGGUGGGCUGGAUGCCCCAAAAUGACCUGCUGGGACACCCAAAGACUAAAGUGUUUGUAGCCAAUGGUGUCCAAGAAGCAAUCUACCAUGGUGUCCCGAUACUUGGCCUGCCCCUAGUUUUUGAUCAGUCAGAUAAUCUGUCCAGAAUGGUGGCAAAAGGAACUGCUAAGGUAGUGGACAUUGCCACUCUGGACAGAGCAGUGUUUGUGGCGGCGCUAAAGGAAGUGCUCUAUGAGCCGUCCUACAGGGAGAACAUGCAGAGGCUCUCCAGGAUCCACCAUGACCAGCCCAUGAAGCCUCUGCACCGCGCCAUUUUCUGGAUCGAGUUUGUCAUGAGGAACGGAGGCGCCCCUCACCUGCACACUCAGUCCUUCAGGAUGUCCUGGAUCGCGUAUCAUUCUAUAGACGUCAUUCUCACUCUGCUCAUGGCUCUACUGCUCUUACUAUUGAUUAUGUUCUUGGCAAUCAAAAAAUGCUGUUCACUUUUAUUCAGAGAGAAAGUCAAAAGUGAGUAACGCUUUUUAUUUUGGCAAUGAUAUAGUUACAGAGCCCUUGGUGAUAUCUUUCCAAGCACCUUCGUAAUACCUUUGUAUUAGCUUUUAUUAUUUCUGCAUUUCCUCAUAUUUUUCUACUUGGGAAACACAAAAUUACUGUGAGUAACUGUAAAUGUAAAAUUACUGUAAACUGUAAAUGGCAAGCUAAUGUAAGAUUAUUGCCAGGUAUUACAAAAAAUUGUCAUUAAAAUCAUCACCAUUACACAAACUCAAUUAUGCAGUUAAUUUCUUUACUCAUCUCCAAAAAUUGGUAACAGAAAUGUACUGAAAAGGAUCUAUUUGAUAAAGCAGGGACUAAAUAAAUCAACCUGAAUACUUUAAUAUAUUAUUAGAGUGUCUG